AUGAUUUUGGCCAUACUACUACUGGCAAACCUUAUAAAUUACAUGGACAGAUACACUAUUGCUGGCGUCUUAGAAGAUGUACAAAACUACUAUGCCAUAAAUAACGCACAAGUUGGCUUACUGCAGACGUCAUUCAUAAUUAGUUACAUGCUGUUCUCGCCACUCUUUGGUUACCUUGGAGAUCGGUAUAACAGGAAAUGGGCCAUGAUUGGUGGAAUACUUUUCUGGUCUGUGGUCACAUUUUUAGGGUCUUUUGUGCCUCCUGGACAAUUUGGUCUCUUUGUGUUCUUACGAACGAUGGUCGGUGUUGGUGAGGCCAGUUAUUCCACAAUAGCCCCCACGAUAAUUGCAGAUAUGUUCAGUAACAGGAAGAGAACUAUGGCUCUGUCAAUUUUCUAUUUUGCCAUUCCUGUUGGCAGUGGCCUGGGCUACAUUAUAGGCUCAACUGUAGCCAAUGCAGCAGGUGCCUGGUACUGGGCUUUGAGGGUGACCCCUAUAUUAGGGCUAGUGUGUACAUUCUUAAUGAUAUUCCUCGUUAAAGAGCCGAAACGUGGUGAGUCAGAUGGGGGGACACAUCUAAUCACAACCUCCUAUUAUGAUGACCUGCUCUACUUACUCAAGCACAAAAGUUUCAUGCUGUCGUCGUUCGGUUUCACGUGCGUGGCAUUCGUCGCGGGGGCACUCUCCCUCUGGGCCCCCCUCUACGUCUACCGAAAUAGUUUACUUAUUGAUAGCCAACGACAUCCUCACACGUCACCAUCAUCAAAUCAAUACAGCAUGAGCUUCAUCUUUGGUGUUAUCACGUGUGUAGCCGGAUUGGCGGGGGUUCUUGGAGGGUACUACGCGGCCUCAAAACUUCGGCCCUACUCCUCGGGGGCGGAUGCCCUGGUUUGCGCCGUGGGCCUUAUCGCGGGUGCGCCAUUCUUAUACUUGGCACUUGUUUUCUCUAGAGGAAAAAUCGCCGUUGUCUGGCUCUUGAUCUUCUUAGCUGAGACACUCAUAUCACUGAACUGGGCUCUCGUGACUGACAUACUGCUGUACACUGUGAUUCCAACGAGAAGGUCAGCUGCCGAAGCCUUCCAGAUACUCCUGUCGCAUGCGCUUGGUGAUGCUGGCAGUCCAUACAUUGUUGGACUGAUAUCAGACAGCAUAGAAUCAGGAUACGAGCACCCGGACCCCAUAGUCCAGUACUUCAGCCUGCAGUAUGCCAUGUAUAUGACCUGCUUCGUCUGCGUCAUCGGGGGCGCCUUCUUUCUCGCCACUGCUCUCUACGUCAAAUCCGACAAGGAGAAAGCCGACAGGAUGAUUAGGAGUUAG